ACCCUGGGAAUACUGAGCUAGCCGAGGUUGCCUACUGGGAAACAGCUGGACGUGUUACAGUAUUUUAGAAAUGUAUAGAAGUUAGCUGCGUCUUUCACUGCAUCGAUAACACGCAACUCGAUAUCGCUGAUGCAGGCUGGUGGAAAUGUAUCGGUUUGCUUGCUACGUAGUUCGCUGCGCACACAAAACAAAGUGAAAAGUAUAAUUGAAGAGUAAACAUCGCAGAGAGUGGAGAUUUUUACACAACUUUUGGGAUUUUUUGGUGAACUGGAAUUGAUAAUUGAAAGCUAAAUUUCAAUCAAAAUUAUUGCCGCUAGCGCUGUUUGUGGUUCAUCAAACUGAAAUACAUGCUAUUGAAAAACGUAAAAAUGACGAUUCUGGCUAAAUUAACGGGUGAAAAGAAGGAUCUGGAGAAGGUGCCGCUGCCCUUGCACCUCAAUGAUGAAUCCAUGAUGCAUCACGGCUCAUUAAUCAGUCCUAAAAUAGCGUAUAGCGAUGCGGACACAGAGUCGAUGGUAUUCAAUCGGCCGCAGUACAACUGUCUGAAGUCGUUUCUCCUGUUCCUGAUCGCUGUGAUCGUGAUGCUGAUGGGUGUCCUCGGGGGCUGGACACUGUACCGUCUCUAUGCACCGAAUCAUGCUAGCAUGCGUUAUCAUGCCCUAUGCGAUAUACCCUAUGCCGAGGACUCGAUGGAGCUGCCACGUUUCUAUCAACGCAACGAAGACGCAUUCACCCUCAACUGGAAGUCGCUGAUGCCGCAGCUGAGUGCCUCAAGUGUUGGCGGCAGCAGCAGCAGCGGUGCCUUCAAUGUCGACGAGCUGGUCAACGAUAACUUCUUCCGCGAGGAGAUCGAACUGGAUAGCAGUGAUGAUGAUGGAUUUGCCAAGAUCGAUGUGCCUGACUUUAAGGAUGGUCGCCAGGGUCGCUUCAUGCAUGACUUCAAGGAGAACCAGUCAGCCAUCAUUGACACGACCACCAAUCGGUGCUUCAUAAUGCCACUGGAUCGGGACACCACCCUGCCACCAAGCAGCAUUGUUGAUCUCAUGAAGAAAAUGGGGUCGGGCUACUACAACAUUGAUACGGAGCAUGUGCGACGCAUUAUGCGAGUGAUUACUCCUCGCAUCACGGAUCUGUCGCUGAUCUCCGAGCGUAUUGCCAAUGAGUGCUACGACAUGAAGGUCUACAUGAUGGAGAAGUUUGUCUCUGGAGUGGCCAAGCGCUCGGCUGAUCCUCUACCCGAUGCCGGCAAGUAUGCCGCGUUCAUGGGCAAGGGCGUCAUUGAGUACGAUCUGUCCAACAUAGCCGAGGUGGAGGCCUACGAGGCGAACGAGUCCCAGUCGCAGCAGCAGAAGCAAUUAGCUUGAGCUCUGGUUGGUCGUGCGCAACAAAUAUUUUAAAUCAAUAACAUACAAAAGACAUACAAAAAAAAAACUAAAAAUCAACAAAAAAAAACAAGAAAAAAAAGAAAAUAGUAUAGAUUUCAGUCAGAGAAAACGUGUGUGUAUUUAACGAUGAUCUUCUGUGGGGCGAACAGCUCCAUUCUUGUAGUCUGUAGUUUCGAGAAAAGAAAAAAAAAACAUAAGACCGAAUUAUACAUCAUAAUAUUGGACAAGCGGUUCGACGUGGAAUACUCGUUGAGCUGAGCUUAAGAAAAUAGCGAAUCAUAUAUAAAAUAAUAGACCCUAUUAAGAAAUGUACCUAGAAAGCAAUUUAAAUGCGAUUGACGAAAUUUGUGACAAAUACAGAUAGAAAAAAAACAAAAACAAAAAGCGAGUGGGCAAUUUGUGGAUUGAAUUGUGGAUGUGUCCAAGGCGGCGCAGGUGGAAAAUGACAUUAAUAAAAGUCGCGGUUUUAGAAUUGCUGCUGCAGAACUUUCUAUUGUAUAUUGAAAUAAGGAUAGCUAAGCCCCAAUAAAGAAAACAAAAACAAGCAAAAGAAAAAGAAAAGAAAAGAUAAACCCAACCACUUGAUACAUAUAAAUACACACUGCAUUCAAUUCCAAGUACAUAUUUUAUAUUAUAUAUACUCUUUAACUCUAUAUCUAUAAAUGCGUACGUGAGCUAACAAUUAUUUAUAUAGAACAACAAAUCGAAAAAUUGAAAACCAAAAAUUCAAAAACAAAAAAAUCGCUAUUUACAUUUGCAAUGAAGACGAAAGAAAAACAAAACAAACAAAAAACUAAAUUAUCAGACAACAACAACAACCAGAAAACCAAAUUAAUCUAAAUGUUCUUUAAUCGAUUUAAAUGUAUUAAAACGCGAAUUUGUGAUCUUUAAACAAGCAA